CUGGCUCAGGGCACCUUUGCGAAUCCCAAACAACUCCUCCGCUCCCAGUCGCGUUUUCGAGAUGGCGCGCGGAAUCAUCAAGCACCUGAAGCGCAUGUAUGCGCCCAAGCACUGGAUGCUCGACAAGCUGCGAGGGCGAUGGGCGCCCAAGCCCAACGCGGGUCCUCACAAGCUCCGGGAGUGCCUUCCCUUGAUCGUGAUGCUGCGCCAGCGCCUGAAGUACGCCUUGACGUACCGCGAGGUGAAGAUGAUCGUAAUGCAGCGCCUGAUCAAGGUGGAUGGCAAGGUGCGCACCGACAUGUUCUACCCUGCCGGCUUCAUGGACGUUGUCCAGAUCGAGAAGACCAAGGAGAACUUCCGGCUGCUGUACAACACUAAGGGCCGCUUCAAGCUCCAUAAGGUCACCAAGGAGGAGGGCAACUACAAGCUCUGCCGCGUGAAGAAGGUGACGCGAGGCCUGCGGGGCGUGCCGUACGCGGUGACCCACGACGGCCGCACCUUGCGGUACCCGGAUCCGGACGUCAAGGCGCACGACACCGUGCGGUUGGACCUGGAGACUGGCAAGGUGUUGGCGCACGUGAAGUUCGAGCCCGGCAACGUGGUCACGAUCAGCGGAGGAAACAACAUUGGCCGUGUGGGUGUCAUCACGCACCGUGAGAAGCACCCGGGCUCUUUCGAGAUGGUCCAUGUCAAGGACGCCGCUGGCCACAGCUUCAACACGCGGCUGGAGAACGUCUUCGUGAUCGGCGAGGGGAACAAACCAUGGAUUUCCCUGCCCAAGGGCAACGGCAUCAAGCUGAGCAUUGUGGAGGAUCGGGCGCUGAGGAUGCAGCGGAAGUAGACUGCGAGCCGCGGAUGUUUCUGGCGUUGGAAUUGCAAAGCCCUUGAAGGAAAAAA